GAGUGCUCCAUUGAUCCGAUCAAUCACCCAAAGAAGGUCGUCGACGACAAGGACCUGGAGCACUGCACUUCCAUCCCCCAGGUAGCCGACCUUUGCUUAGACAGGCUGAAAAAAACGGAGGUACGUUUCAUCAGCACUCAGCGCGACCAGGAUGCGCAGCUGCUGAGAAAGAACAAAAAUGACCUCCGACGCAUGACGCAGAGCGAAGCGCGGCAUACGCAGCUGCUCGAGCUGCCAGCGCCGGCCAGCAGCUCGGCGAGCCUCGGGAGCUCCCGAG